AUCGCAAGUCCUCAACUCUCUCAAUGUAUACCUCAAUGUUGUAGAAAUCACCACAGUCGUUUGAUCAUUUUGUGUUUGUGGCGUUUUUUAUUUAUUUUUUUUCUAAUGUCAUUUCUCACUAUUUGACGCUCACCAAAAAGAUUGCACGAACGGUACAGUAGAGUUGACAAUGGGGGAUUCAAGACCUGAACCCAGUAGUCAUCAUGAUGAUUGUGAUCAAGAUGAUGCAACAAUGUUAAUGUCUAUUUCGACGCCGUGGCCAUGGCGGUACUGGUGCAGAAGAAAUCCAGUCAAGUCGCUGGUUAUUUUCGCAGUUUUGUUAGUGGCAUCUGUUCUGUUUUCUGCAUUGAAAGAUCGGUCAACUGAUCUGAUGAACAUCUGGAUACUCAAAACAGAUGGAGGAAAAAAUAACAUUCUACUGGAUGAGGUACUACAAGAAAAGUAUCUUGGUGGCCUAAUUGCUCAAGGAUUUGAUGAGAAAUCAUGUCUGAGUAGGCAUCAAUCACUCUGGAAACACAAAGGGCCACAACCACAUCGUCCUUCUUCCCAUCUCAUCUCUAAAUUAAGAAACUACGAAAAGCUGCAUCGACGAUGUGGACCUCACACGAAGUCCUUCAAGAAAUCGUUGGAGUAUCUCAACUCGAGCGAUCAUGGAAAUUACGACAAAAUCACAGAUUGUAAGUAUCUUGUCUGGAAAUCCCGAGAUGGAUUAGGGAAUAGGAUGAUCACUUUGGUUUCUGCUUUCCUUUAUGCACUCCUAACUCAGAAAGUCCUCCUUGUUGAUCCUGGAGCUCACAUUUCUGGCCUUUUCUGCGAACCAUUUCGCGGUUCUUCUUGGCUGAUUUCGUCACCUAUCAUUAAUCGGUUCAUGAACUUUGGUAGGUAUUCUCCUCACACUUAUGAUUAUAUACUUAAGUGGGAGAAUCGGUCAGUUAUUCCGCCCUACGCUUUUAUGUAUUUAGCUCAUGACUAUACCGAAGAAGACAAGCGUUUCUUCUGUGAUGAGGAUCAGGCAUUUAUCCGAAAAGUACCCUGGCUUGUCAUACAGUCAAAUGUGUAUUUUGUUCCUUCUCUUUUCCUGAUGCCAUCUUUUCAGAAAGAACUCAACUUACUGUUUCCAGAGAAACAAACAGUUUUCCAUUUCUUGGGCCGGUAUUUAUUUCAUCCAACAAAUUCUGUUUGGAAUUCUAUCACCACAUACUACAACAGUUAUCUAGCAAGCGCAGAUGAAAAGAUCGGUAUCCAGAUUAGAAUCUUUAGAACGAAUCCUGAUCCUUUCAAUGAACUUUUGGAACAGAUUCUCGCUUGUGUCAUCAAGGAAAAUGCCGUGUUGCCACAAAUCAAUGACAAGAUGAUGAUGAAACCCGGAGGAGUUCAAUCAAACAGGACUAAAGCUGUCCUGUUGACAUCUCUUGACAUUAGAUACUUUGACGCAAUUAAAAAGAUGUACGAAGAAAAUUCAACUCAGACAGGGGAAAUCAUUCAGGUUUUCCAGCCUAGCAAUGAAACAAAACAGGAUAGUUACAAUCAUAUCCAGAAUAUGAAAGCCUUGGCAGAGAUGUACCUACUAAGCUUGACUGAUAAAUUGGUCACAAGUUCGAAAUCUACUUUUGGGUAUGUUGCUCAAAGCCUAGGAGGUAUGAGACCAUGGAUUCUUUAUAGGCCUGAAGAAUAUAAUGCCACGGACUCAAAGCCGGCUUGUCAGCGAGCCCUGUCAAUGGAACCCUGUUUCCAGGCGCCACCAACGCUGGAAUGCAAGACCCGCGAAAGGGUUGACACGGGUAAAAUUGUUGGUUAUGUGAGGCAUUGCGAGGACAUGAGCUGGACCUGGGGUCUUAAACUUUAUGACAAACCUGAUGAUCCUUGA